CCGCAAGGGGCUGGGCCAUGCACAAGCCCAUGGAGAAGUCCCAAAACUUCCGCAUCGAGGCAAUUCUGGCUGAAGAUCCGGCGCGGAGCGGGUCCCCACCGGGGCUGAGCCCCGAGAGCCCCGACCCCGCCGGACACUCCGACCCCGCUUCACCGCGGGCUCUCCCUGCUGCCGCGCCCCUCGCCGCGGCCGGCUUUGUCCCCAAGCCCGGCUUGCUGCACCUCCCUGGCCCCGGGCUCGGCGCCCUCCCGGCCCUGUACCCUUCUGCUGUCUACCCCCUCCCGGCCCUGGGGAGCCAGCACCCCUCUUUCUCCUACACCGGCAUCCCCCACCUGCCGCCGCCCGGCGCGGAGCACCUGAAGGCGGCCGUGGCCGGCUCCUUCCCCCUGGAGCACUGGAUCCGAGCCGGGAUGCUGGUGCCGAGGCUCUCUGACUUCCACGCAGCCCCACAGUCUGGCUUGAUGGGGAAGUGCCGUCGGCCCCGCACAGCUUUCACCAGCCAGCAGCUCCUGGAGCUGGAGAACCAGUUCAAGCUCAACAAGUACCUGUCCAGACCCAAGCGCUUUGAGGUAGCCACAUCGCUGAUGCUCACCGAGACACAGGUCAAGAUCUGGUUCCAGAACCGCCGCAUGAAGUGGAAGCGGAGCCGCAAAGCCAAGGAGCAGGGAGCUCAGGUGGAAGCUGAGAAGCAACGAGGGCUCAGCAAAGCCUGCGAGAAGCUGCUGUCCGGCGAGCCCCAGGGACAAGCUACAGAAAGCACCGAAUUUAUGGGGUGCAGCCCCGGCCCGGGCUUCCUGCACCGCAGCGCCGCCCAGCUGAGCUAUGGCCCGGACUCCUCCUGCUCGGGGGAUGAGGAGGAUGAGGAAGAUGAGGAGGACGAGAUGGGUGCCACGAAGAGGAAGAUUGGCUCUGUGUUGUGAAAGGCAGAUGAAGCCAGCCGGGGAGAGGGGCUGGGCUGUGGUUCUGGGGUCGCUUUGCUGGCAGACACAGACUGUGCCUCGGCAGAGUAGGGGGGGCUGCAGGGCUCCUGCCCCCCCUUUAACUUAUGUGUCUUUGGAUCCUAUUUAACUCGUAAUUAUUCCUCUGUGUGUACCUGGGGGAGUCCCCACAUCCCUCCCCUAUAAAGCUGUUAUCCAGUUGCCUGUGCUCUUCCUUAGGGGACAAGAGGCUCUGCCCUACUCCUGAGCUGCGGUGCCCUGCCAUCGUCCCUGGGGAACCGGGUGGGGACAGUAGACUUGCACAGCUGGCAGCCCACAACACAGCUGGAGGGGAGAGACCCUGGACCCUCCUUCAGCUGUGCACUGCCCUUCCCUGCAGAUACGACAGCGACUGGAGCAGUGCAUCC